UGUAAACAAAAUGGAAGAUCUAUCAAGUCGUUUGUACUAUUCAGUUGUCGAUGACAAUAUCGAUGAACUUCGGAGACUUAUAGAAAAUGGAGCGGAUGUAAAUCAGAUUUUCGAAGAUUCUGAUAGAAUCAGUACAAAAUCUAUUUUACAUAUUGCAAGUGAAAAGGGGAGACUCGGUUGUGUGAAAGUUCUUCUGGAAAACGGUGCCUCGGUAAAUGUUCGAGAUCCAUGGGGUAUAACACCAAUUAGAUUCUGCAUAAACGCAGACAAUGAAGAAAUAGCUGACCUUUUAAUAAGACAAGACAAAGAAUCUGCCGAUUCCAAGGACAAAUAUGGAAAAUCGGUUUUACAUGCUGCAGUAGAAGAAGGGUCAGAAAAGUUUGUGAAGCUGUUUCUUCGCAAUGGCGCUGAUGUUGAUAUAACCACAGACGUCGGGGUCACUCCUCUGAUGACACUGAUGACGACAAAGGGACUUGAUAACUAUUUUGUAGUCAUGAAAAUACUAAUUGAUGCAGGUGCAGAUAUUCAUGCUCAUGAUUUUAGAGACAAAAGGACAGCGCUGCAUCUUGCCGCUAUCACAAAGAAGGUAGACGCGGUUGAACUCUUGCUUAGUCUCAAUGCUGAUCCAAAUGAACUGGAUAAAGGUUUAAGAACCCCAUUGACUAACUUAAUGUGUCACCAUAUUUCACUGAGAGGUCGAACAAUUACGGACAUACAAGAUGACGUCAUGACAAUUGUCAUUCUCUUGACACAAGCAGGAACUGAUUUGAACAAUAAUACGACAGACUUCGCAAAUCCUUUGAUAGUAGCAGUGUAUCUUAAAUGUUCGCAAUUGGUACGCUUUUUCCUUGAUAAUGGUGCAAAUGUCGAUCUAAAAUUGCCUUUCUCUGGAGUAACGCCACUUUUGAUUGCUGUAAAGCAAAACGACAUCGACUCUAUAAAAGCUUUGAUGAAUUGGAAUUGCCGACUUGAUAUCGUUGGACGAUGUCGUAUUCGUGGCAAUGACUAUGAACUUGAUCCAUUUGAACUUGCCAUCGACCAAGCAUAUUGGGAUAUCGUUGAAAUGUUGUUGUUGACUGGAUACAAUACUUCUAAACAUUUGUAUCUUCGAGAUUUCGAUUCUGAUGCUGAUAGGCCAUGUUCUUUGAAAGACAAUCCUGAUAUGUUGAAUGUAUUACAAUUGACUGCUUCAACACCUCAGACUUUAAUGAAAUGUUGCGCAUUAGCGAUAAACAAAGCUUUAAAAACUAACAUUUCAAGCAAAAUAGAUGCACUACCUCUGCCUGUCAGUAUAAGAGAUUACUUAAAAAUUCAAUGAUGACUACAUUAUAUAUAUAUAUAUGUGUGUUUAAUACUCAAUUGUCACAUAAUACAUGCUUAAUUUUCUUUUUCUUCAUUGCGUAAAAUUUUAUUUUCGUUAAUUUCUUCCAUUUCGGAUACCAACACUUCCGUAGUUAUGUGAUUGUUAUAGUGAUGAUAUAUUCCACAGGAGAAUAACAAUUCGGAUUGUUGUUGUUUUUUCUGUAUUAGUCCCGACAUUAUUCAAUCUUCCAUUAUCUUGUUAUAGUCACAAAUAGCAAACCCCUGAUGAUUAAAGUUAUUCCAGUGAUAUCGUUAUUCUUUUUACCCUUAUCGCUUUCAUUUACACUAUACUAGCAACUACGAGUUGCCCUUUAAAUUCAUAAUUCACAAUGUGAACAACAGUUUUAAUAUUAACACGACCAGGAUAGGUGACAGAUUUUCAGCAUUCAUAAUCAAAGCAAAAAUUUUUGCUGUUAUAUAAUUUCAAACAGUAUUCUGUAUAAUAAGUGCAAAACCAUGAAAAGCUGUCCAGAGGAAGGGUCAUGUAGCAAACUUUUCAACAGUAUUGUCCAACAAGCAUUAUCUGUCUAAAUGUCUGGCCUGGUAUGUUCAAUUGGUUUGCCUAGACCUGUUCUUGUGAAUGGUCUGUAGCAGUCAUGAAAUGCACAUCUAGAUCUAACUGUUCAGUGAAAAGUUAAAUUGCUAUACUACUUAGAUUUUCUAAGGUUAACUUAGGUGUGGUCAGUGCUCUUAGGUAUUUCUGUGCAGGUUUACCCAUCUGUUUUAUCAGAUUAAAGAGCGAAACCGGGUGAGUCGUCAGGGUAAGCGUCUCCUGAUUGGCUUGCAUUACCCGCCAUGCGAAUCCACACUCAAUUGUCACAAUCGGUAAAACAGAUCAGACGACGUUUCUGAUAUAUAUAAAGAUUUAAUACUGGGAAUACAUGUCGCGAGUGAGUUGGGACACAUACACAUCUUAUCGGUCAACCAGUUCGUGAUGGUGACUUAAACUUGGGAAGUGUAGAUUUCAGUCAUUCUUCUUCAUAACUCUGAGCAGUUUUUGUGUAAGGGGCACUAUACCAAAACAUUUAAGCUAUCUGUUGGGUCGUUUAUCUUUUUUCGUUUUUAAGUCGGAGAUGUCUGUAUUAUUGCUAUUAAUUUGUCUUAUUAUUUUAAAGCGCCAAUCGAUCUUAUUCGUUUAAUAAUAGUUCGCUCAACGAAUUUGGUUUUAGAAAUAUUUAAUUUCCAUACAUUUAGCAACAGGAUUGGAAACGAGACGUCGCAACUUAUAACGUUUCUACGUAUUUAUACAUCAUUGGAUUUCAAAUAUUGGUUUUUGUUUACUCAUUUAUAUAAUACUGUUUUGUUUAAAAACUAUUUUCAAUAAUUAUUAAGUCCUCUCCAACUUACACAACACAAAUAUAUGAUGACAGCAAAACAUGAUAACAUAGACUUCGGAACAAAAAGUGAUGGAGUAUAGGUGCAAACACAAAAUACUCACUGCUGACUUCGAAUAACAGUAUAUUGCUACCUGUUUCAUCAAACUUCGAACUUUAAAAAAACCGAGUUACUUUCGUAAAUAUAUGCUUCAUUUCAUUUUUAAUGUGUUUGUUUUAUUAUCUUUCUGUAUGCCACCCCAAGUGUUUACUCAGGUAAAGAAAAAGGGCCAUCACUGGAAUUCUUCAGUCCGACAGUAAAACUCUUUCAAAAGUGUGUCGUCCGUUUGACUGUGCAGAAUUUAUAGAUGCGCGAAAAAGUCCGGUCGGAAUGGGGCCGUUAAAUUGAUGCCUCACGUACGGCGAGUGACACGCUCUCUGCACAUUGAAGAACUUUAGCAACAACUGUCUGAGGGUUAGAUAGGUGGUUUGUUCAAAAUGGUGGUAAAAUGUCUGCCUCUAUCCACAUUGCCCUUAUUUCCCAGUUGCAGUCCAAAUUUCCCAUCCUUCGUUCAGAUCGAUCUAUCUUUCAGACUAUACCUUUUGUAUGAAUUAACACUUUUGUUUCUCGUCCAAUAAUUGCCACUGGACGUUAAUAAGCAACAAUCAAUAAAUAUAUAUAUAUAUGUAUGUAUCAUCAGCUUAUUGAUUAAAGAUGUCUAUCGAUGAUCGUUGUAAUAGUGCCGACGAUCUAAAUAGCUACAAAUAUCACUUUUUAAUUUUAUCUUAUCGGUUGUAGCAUAAGGAAACUUAAUGUCAAGUCUUCUAACGUUGUUUACUCUACUGUAAGAGUGCAUGUGUGCGUGCGUUGAUAUUAGUAAGUGCAGCUUUAAAACAUUAUCUCUUUUUAAUUUCUUAUCUUUAUAUUUAUUAUUACAUGCUAAUUGAUAUUUUGUAAUGUUCUGACUAUAAUUGUUUACUUGUAUUUAC